CCUCGAGCAGAGAACAUUGAAUAACAAGCGGAAGCGAAAAGCGCACAGCCAGAAAAGUUCGUCAAAAAGCGACAAGUUUUCCUCGUACGUUUUCCCGCCAAAUGAGUCAGAAAAAUUUUCCAAGUGCUUGAAACGAAAAAAUAAGACUUGAAAUAACUUAAAAGUGCAAGCAGUGAAUAUAAUCAAAUAUUCCGGGAGACUAAAAACAAAAACUUUAAAAAUAUUUACACUGUUCAAGUUAAAUAUUUUUUUAUAAAAUUUAUAAAAAAUUUUAUUUUGUACAACAUCAAAUACCGCCAUGGCCAUUGCAUAUUUCAUACCCGACCAGGCCCAAUUGCUGGCCCGAAGCAAUCAGCAGCAUGGCCAGCAAACUGCAACGAAUCUAAGGACAACUGCAACACCUGCUGCACCACCGCAGCAACAGCAUCAGUCGCAACAGCAACAGCAGCAACAUCGUCCUCAAUUCCGUGCCAAUAUUUCCGUGCCUCUGGGAAGUCAACAGGGAUCGAUGACAAUGUCGGAGUUUGGAUGCUGGGAUCUCCUGGCGCAGAUCUUCUGCUACGCUCUGAGGAUCUACAGCUACAAUUCCAGCCAGCGACGACCGACGGUCAUACAGAUAUCCUUCGAAAUCAGCAGCGGCAGUCAGAAUAACGAAGAUGACGAUGUGACCGAUGCCAACUCCAAGGAAAAUUAAAUUCCAUUUUUCAUCCGGGUGGAGAGAAAAUCUUCGUGGUUUUCUGGGAAAAGGCAGGCUCAAUCAAAGCGCAUUGUGAUUUCUUUUUUGGGUAUGGACACAUGAGUAGGAAGGAGUUUUGUAAAAAAUGGGAUAUUUCCACAACAAAAUAAGAAGAAUAUUUUUAAACUAUUUUUGAGAAAGAGAGAGAAAAAUUCAAAAUUUGUCAUCGAUUUGCUUAAAGUGAUAUUGAUUGUUUGUUACUUUUUUGGGUGUCAAAUUUUCCGAUUUCAGUUCGAAGAAAACGUUUUUUUUGCAAGCAAAGGUUUCCCGGUUGGUUCAAAUACAUUAUUACCAUACAUCAUUUUGAUAGCAGCAGCAAAUAAAUACUUAAAAUGUGUAUAAUUAUCAUAAACCUAAUUAGUGUCUAUACAUAUGAGUAAAACCACAAGUAUCGUAUUCAACUGAAAACUAAUUGUCAAAUUUUUGCAUUUCAACUACUUACAUAUAUAAAUCCUAAACUAGUAAAUACAGAACUACAAUACAGAACCAACAAACAAACAAAGAUGCAACCGCAGCAAC